CCAAGCCAGUUUAUCUCUCCUCUUGGGUCUCCAAUUCAUAGCUUUGAUGUGAUUCUCCACCAUAUAUCCCACAACUCAUCAACCUUUUUCAAAAGAUAGAAUUUUAGAUCAAAGCAUAUUUUUUAGAUCAAAACUAUGGUUUUCUCUUCAGUUCCUCUCUACCUUGAUCCUCCCAGUUGGACAAAUCACCACCACCAGCACCAACAAGGUGAUGAUGUGGUUGAUGGAACAACAACGGGGUGCUCCUCCCUCCUCCCACCGCCUCCACCCCUUCCGGGCGGCGGCGGCUCAGCUAGGCCCCCUGGCUCUAUGACAGAGAGAGCCAGGCUGGCCAAGGUGGCUCCCCCAGAGGCGGCCCUAAAGUGCCCCCGUUGCGACUCCACCAACACCAAGUUUUGCUACUUCAACAACUACAGCCUCUCCCAGCCGCGGCACUUCUGCAAGACGUGCCGGAGGUACUGGACGAGGGGCGGCGCUCUGAGGAACGUGCCGGUCGGCGGCGGCUGCCGCCGCAACAAGAGGAGCAGCAAAGGGAGCCGGUCCAAGUCCCCGGCGGCUCGAGCCGACCACCUCAAUGGAGCACCGCCGAGCUCUACGCGCUCACCGGCCGAUAUCAUCCUGUCGGCGGCCAACCAUUUCCAGCCCCCGCCGCCAAUUUCGUUCCUGCCGCCGCUGCAGAGUCUCGGCGGGUUCGGGGCGGCGGCGCCGGAACUAGGUUUGAAUUACAGCGAGAGCGAAAUGGGGUUUCAUCAGAUGGGGAAUAACUCCGCCGUGGCCACCAUGAAUCUAUCCGCCCGGUUCGCGGACCUAUUCCGGCUGCAGCAGGGAAUGACGCCGCUCCCAUUCCUCUCCGGCCUCGACCAGCCUGGCGGCGGCGCGUUGUACCAGUUCGAAGAAGCGGAUCAAUACGGCGGAGACCAUCAUUACCAUCACCAUCAUCAGCUCGGGGGAAAGGGUUUCGAAAGCGGCGGCGGCGGUGGGGCGACGUUUCAUCAUGUGAAGAUGGAGGGCAACAACAAUGUGGGGAUGAACAGUGACAUGUCAAGAAACUUUCUGGGAAUAACAGGAAACAACAACAGCGAAGAACAUUUCUGGACUGGGAACAACAACGUUAAUGGAUUCACAACCACAACAACGACAACCUCGGAUCUGCCAAUUGCUGGUUACACUUCUUCCUCUACUACUACUGCUAGCCGCCUCUUGUGAUUUUGUUUCUGUUAUUCCUUGCUUUUAUAUUUUAUAUAUUUCCUCAUCAAAACCCUAGCUAUAUUCCGUUUUAUUUCUUUUUUUAUUUUAUUUUAUUUAUUUAAAAAAAAAAUCCAUACAUUAAAGAAUGGGGGUGGGU